GCAACGUCAAUGGUCGGGUCGAGGUGCGUCAUUGUUGUCUGCAGGCCAUAGCAGGACCCCGCCAACCCGCCAACCGCCAACUGGAGCCCCUGAGAGCUACACACGUCGCACGAUGCUCCAUCCAUAGCCGCAGCGAGUGGCUAGGUACCUAGGUACCUCCUAAACACUACACAGUAGAACAACUCCUCUUGCAUCAAGCAGACCAAAAGGUCAUCUUGACUGCACUGCAAGCCAAGCAGAGAAACCAGACACGCCUUUUAACAACACCAGACCGUCAAGAUGCAGUCAGGAAUAUCGGCAUCGCAGGAGCUCACCUCCAAGUUCACCGACCUCCUACAGAACGACGAGCACUUUGGACUGCUGGCUACCAUCGAAAAUGAAUCCCUCACUCCCGUCUCCCUGCUGACCGCCUCAUCGCCCUCCGCCACCUUCGCCGACAACGUCACCGCCCUCGUCCAGCCCGCCCUCGCCGACGCCGAGCCGCUGUACCUCCUCCUGAAGCGCUACGACACCGCCCCGCGCCUGGUCGCCGUGAGCUACAUCCCGGACAUCGCCAAGGUCCGGCAGAAGAUGCUGUUCGCGUCGACCAGGCUGACCCUGGUGCGCGAGCUCGGCCGCGAGCACUUCCGCGACACCAUCUACGCCACCACUCGCGACGAGCUCACCCCCGAGGGCUUCGAGAGGCACGACAAGCACGAGAAGCUCGAGGCACCCCUGACUGAGCAGGAGAGGGACCUCGAGAGCGUCAAGCAGGCCGAGGCCGCCGAGGGCGCCAGGGGCACUGGCUCCAGGGAGCUGAACCUCGGCCAGCGCAUGGCCAUGCCCGUGCUCGACGACGCGUUGGCGGCUCUCAAAGAGCUGCAGCCUGACGGCGGUAGGAGCCUGGUAAUGUUGAAAAUCAACCCAGAGACCGAAAAGGUCGAGCUCGUCCCGGACUCGUCCGCGCCGGCCUCGAUAUCCGAGCUCACCUCCGACAUCUCGACCUCCGAGCCGCGGUUCACCUUCUUCCGCUACGCGCACGAGCACGGCGGGAGCCAGAGCGCACCGCUCCUGUUCUUCUACACGUGCCCCGUCACGACGGGCCGCAGGGCCAUCAAGGACCGCAUGCUGUACCCGCUCAUGAAGCGCGCCGUGCUGGACGCGGCCGCCAGCGAGUGCGGGCUCGAGGUGGACAAGAAGUUCGAGGUCGAGGAUCCCAGCGAGAUCACCGAGGACGGCGUCCUCUCCGAGCUGCACCCCAAGGUCGAGGCGCGGAAGGGCUUCAGCAGGCCCAAGAGGCCCGGCCGGUAAGGCGAGCGACUAGGUUAUGACGGGAAGAGAACAACAUGGGAUUCGUUUACAAUACAUGCAUGCUUGCAUGCAAAGUUUGGUUGAGAGCUAAAUACCGACAGGUGUUCACGAGCAGCGGCUAGUCCUACAAUAUACCGAGAGCGGCAGGUUGUGCGUUCAGGAUGGAUGCUGCCCAAGAGGGAUUCAUGUUCAAAAUUACAGGCUAAAUGCUACUGCUCUGAUCGCCGAGUCCCCAGCUUACAAGGGGAAAGAUGCCCAGCCCUCACCUGCUUCCCGCCCUCUAUGCGUCCGUGGUAUCGAGCUGACAGUGUACGCACGUCUACUCCUCGUACUUGCCUCCGACAGACGUCCACUGGCUACGCUCGAUCUUGUCCUUGAGGUACUCGUACACUGUGAAGGUGACAGCCUGGCCCGGCGCAACGCGCAUUAUCCGCGGCGUUAUACCCUUGUAGAAAGCAUGGACACCUUCUUGCCUAUUCGACAACGCAUGUCAGUUUACCGUAGGGGCGCGGCCAAAACCUCGGGUGCUUGCGGUAGCGGCCUGACUUACCUGAACAUAUCCCCGGCAAUGGCUGUUAUCCUCUUCAUGGCGCUGACGCCCUCCUCGGCCGGGGUCUUCUGCAGGCGCGUCUUGAUGGUAUCGAUCGGCGCGUUACUCAGGGGGCCCAUGGCGCCGCUGACAAGCCCGAUGAGGGUUGUCUGGUAGCCAGGCAGGCCGUUGCCCUCGCGCUGCGGCUGGUACGCCAUGAGGGCCUCCUUGAAGUAUGUGUAGGCGGUGAAGUUGACGGCCUGGUUGGAGCCCUGGCGCAGGGCAGUCAGGCUGACGCCGCGGUAGAGGGCGCCGACGCCCUCCUCCUUAAGCACGGUGUACAGCGCGUGGGCGGCGUUGCGGUACUUUGGU